UGUCUGCUGAAGCGGCUCAGACGUCGGUGGACAGACUCUCGGAAGAGUUGUUCUUCUGUCUCCGAUGCCGGAUGGAUCGUUAAUCCAAACGGAACCUUCUCUGGAUCGGCAGUUCUUCAGAUGAGUGGUCCUGUGUCGCGUCCAGGAGGAUUUCCGUCACUUUUCCCCUGAUUUUCAGACACGCACGGCGGGAUGAAAUAUAAAAAUCUGAUGGCCAAAGCGCUGUACGACAACGUGCCGGAGUCCCCUGAGGAGCUGGCCUUCCGGAAGGGGGACAUCUUGACUGUCAUUGAGCAGAACACAGGGGGACUUGAGGGUUGGUGGCUCUGCUCCCUGCACGGCCGCCAGGGCAUUGCCCCCGGAAACCGCCUGAAGCUACUCAUCGGACCCAUGUUUGAGGCCCCGUCGUCAGCCACUCCGUCUCCCCCUCAGGGCCACCAGCAGAGAGGUGGGGCAGGGGCCCAGGGGCUCUACCAGGUCCCACCAGAGCAGCAAAAUGUCUACCAGGUCCCACAAGAGCAGCAGAGUGUCUACCAGGUCCCACCGCGAGGGGGUCUCUGCGGCGAGAACACACCCAACAAGGUGGUGACCCCAACCAGGGUGGGACAGUCUUACGUCUACAGUCCUGGACAGCACAACCAGCAGGACCUCUAUGACGUACCCCCUAUCAGGUCCCAGGGGGUGUACGACGUUCCACCUGGGCAGAUGUACCCCGCGCAGUACGCCGGAGCCAGAAACCAGGGUGUGUACGACGUCCCCCCACCACAGCUGGACUCCAAAGCACAAGGCAUCUAUGACGUCCCUCCUUCCGCUCUGGGGGUGUACUCCGUCCGCCCCUGCAGGACCAACGCUGGCCUCCAGGAGGGCAACUAUGACUUCCCACAGUCCCUGAAGCACAAACAAGAAGGCAUCUAUGACGUUCCACCCCCCACCCUCACCAAGGCCACUCAAAGCCCCCAGUCUCAUUAUGAUUUCCCCCUCAGCUAUGAGCCCCCGCCCCAUCACCUGAACUCCAAUGGCAAUGAAGGAAUUUACGACGUGCCCCCGUCUGCCCUUCAGUCUGGGGCGGGGGCUCAGCAGGACAUUUAUGACUUCCCCCGGAAUAUGCAGCCCUCCCAGCUGAGAGACUCCGCUUCUGACGGAAACGGCAUCUACGACGUCCCGGCACAGGAAGUGCGCGCGGUGACGGACGUGACGGACGGCGUGAACCGGCUGUCGUUCUCGAGCACUGGCAGCUCGCGCAGCAGCAUGUCCACCUCCUCAUCCUCCACGGGCUCAGCCCCUGAAGGCCGCCUGGCGCUGGACGCAGACGCCGCCGUGCAGCGGCUGUACCGCCUGCAGCAAGGGGUGGAGCUUUCUGUAGGGGCGUUGCAAUCAAUGGCAGCCUCCCCGCACUGGAGGACGUUUCCCCUUAUGGAGCAACACACCAAUGACCUCCGCACUGUGCUGGAUCGGGUCCGGGCCGCUAUAAGGGACUUCAUUGUGUUUGGUAGGGGCGCUGCGGUGAACGCCGCCUCCCUAUCUGACUCCAGCCUCCACUGUAAGCUGCGGCGGCAGCUGGGGCGCUUGGAGGACUCCCAGCAGAUCCUGCAGCAGAUCAACCAAACCCUGGAGGCCAGCGGUUGGAGUCUGAACGCGCUGACGGCGUCCGGAAAACACCUGAACAAGAGCGACGACGUGGAGCGCUUCGUCAUGGUGUCCCGCAGCGUUCCUGACGACGCCAAGCAGCUCGCUGCCUCCAUCAGCAGCAACAUGGAGCUGCUUUUCCGGCGGGCUACGCCCGAGGACAACCCCACACAUCAGGUGACCUCCCCCUCUGCAGACAACGACAACUACAGGGGCCGGACCAAGCCCUUCCCCGUUUCCCCCCAGGACAAAGACAACCUGAACAACAGUGAGAAGUGCGUAAAGAGCUGGAUGGAAGACUACGACUACGUCCACCUGCAGGGGAAAGAAGACUUUGAGCGUCAGCAAAAGGAGCUUCUGGAGAAGGAGAACAUCAUCAAGCAGAGUCAAGUCCAGCUGGGUCAGGAGCAGAUCAAUCAGUUCAAGAAGCUGGAGCAGGAGGUCAUCAAGCCGGUAGAGAACGAUGUGCCUCAGUGGAUAUCUGCCUCUCCCUCUGACUCCUCCUCCGCCCUCGUCUGUACUCGGGACCGCCAGCUGCUCGCCUUCUACGCCGAGCAGUGCAAGCAGCACUUUGUCACGCUCCUCAGCGCCGUCGACGCCUUCUUCGGCUGCGUCGGCGCCGGCCAGCCCCCUCGCAUCUUUGUAGCUCACAGCAAGUUUGUCAUCCUCAGCGCCCAUAAGCUGGUCUUCAUCGGGGACACCCUGUCCCGACAAGCCUCGUCCCCCGAGGUGGCCAACAGGGUGAUGAACGCCAGUAAUGUGCUGUGUGACCUGCUGAAAACGGUGGUGGGAGCAACCAAAACGGCCGCUCUGAACUACCCCAACACCGCCGCCGUCCAGGACAUGGUGGACCGUGUCACCGACCUGUCUCACCACGCACAGCAGUUUAAGGAGCAGCUGCUGCACAUGGCCAAGCCCUAACCAUCCAUCAUCUCAUUUCCUGUACAGCUGUCUGCUGGGUUAUAUAUAUUUGCUUUUUUCCUGUACAUAGUCUCUUCUGUAAAAACCCGCUCUAUUUUUGUGUAGAUGGUUUUAUACUCUGAACUUGUGUUGCUGCAGGAUGCGCCGGACAUUUUUUUUCAUGACAUUCCUGUAUUUGUAAAGCACCUUAUGAGCUGUGGUCCAUUGUGGAGCGAGGCUGGUGUGUCAUAGUGUGACGUGUGACCGUAAAUUUGCCUGUAACUCGUGUCUGUGUUUGUGGCGCUUGCCAAAAAGUAAAAGACUGAAACGUG